AUGCAGAAUCUGCUGUGGAUUGUUGACCGAAAUGACCACGAUGGACUGGCUCCCGAGGGCACCGUGCGCGAGCUGGUGAUUGAGGGCCCAUCGGUAGGGAGUGGAUAUCUAAGGGAUCCCAAAAAGACGGCCGAAGCGUUCGUCCAGCAACCACAGUGGCGCUCACGCUUCCCCGCCAGUGUGGAAGGGGGCUUUUACAAGUCGGGUGACCUGCUGCGGUACGGGCCCGACGGUACCAUCCGCUUCGUGAGCCGCAAGGGCUUUCAGGUCAAGAUAAACGGACAGCGUCUGGGAAUGGAGGAAAUUGUACACCACUUGCGAGCAUACUUGGGGCGGUCUAUCGACGUGCUCAGUGAGGUUCAUUGCCAGAGGGCGCUCGAUCAGAUGUGUGAGGCAGCAUUUUGGCUCGCUGCUCACCCUUAUCAUUUGCUCUCAGAAAGUGGAAAUUCUUUCAUGGCGAAUUGA